AUGCAAGAAAUAAUCCUCCGAUCAGUUCCCUAUCCAAAUUGUGAUCUGAAUGCCGCAGAUAUCAUCGAAAAAGUUCGGACUGGUGUGCCUAUUUACAGGCCCGAUAUGUCUGAAGCUGAAGCUGAAGCAUCUCCAAUUUUACUGCGCACAGUACGAUAUGCCUGGUCAGAAAAUCCGGCAAUACGACCAACAUUCCAUGAAAUUAGUAAAUCCUUAGAGCAGAUUGUACAAGGCAGAAACUUGGACCUCGUGGACCACAUAACCAAGGUCAUGGAAGAAUACUCGGCGGAACUUGAAGCCCAGGUGGCAGAUAGGACAAGAGAUCUGCAGGAGGAGAAAGAGAAAACUGAAAUGCUCAUCGCUGCAAUGUUACCUCGAUGUGCAGCACAGAACUUAAUAGCUGGAAACCCUGUACCACCGGAGUCCUUUGAUGAGGUGACCAUCUACUUCAGUGAUAUAGUUGGAUUUUGGCAUAUAGCUGCGAAGUCAACAGCUAUACAGAUUGCCGAGUUCCUGAACGACCUUUACUCCAUCUUUGACACUGCUCUUGAAAAGUUUGAUGUCUACAAGGUGGAAACCAUCGGCGACUCCUAUGUGGUGUCCUCGGGUUUGCCAAGGCGCAACGGACGCAGACACGCCGGGGAAAUUGCAUCCAUGGCACUUGAGUUGCUCAGUAUCAGCGGCACGUUCGCCAUUCGUCACAUGCCGACGGUUCCCCUACGCCUGCGUAUUGGCAUACACACGGGUGAGCUUACAUUUGACCUUCUUCAGUUCCUUCUUGAGGUGUGGUGCGUUCAAUAG